ACUUCGCGGCUCCUUGUCAAAUGUCAACUCCCCGCCAUCCCAACUAUGAUGCGAAUUGUAUCGCCAUCGCGUAACUUCUUACGACAAAAUCUCCUAAAACGAACGUUCUGAAAUAAUCGCACUCUCAGAACCAUCCACCAUGCCGAAACGCGCUGCAGCGACGUCCCUGGCGCAGCUCGUCGAUCCUCUCUCAGAUGACGACUUCCAAUCCGACCACGGCAUGAUGCCGACGCCCGACUCCACGAACGAGAACGUUGCCCCCUCGAAGCGCAAAGGCACAGCGAAACCCAAACCGGCCACCACCCGCGCCACAAACCGCGUCGCGAAGAAACCAGCCGCGCGCCGAACCAGCGGCGCAUCCCUCGUCGUAACGGGCGGCACGAAGCGCAAGGCCGGCACCACCAAGGCAUCCCGCGCCGCGCUCGCGGAGCGACCGAAUCCUGCUGGUGAAGUAGUGGGCGGAAGCGAUACGGAAGAGGUGGAUGAGUUCGACGCGGCGGUCGAGGACGUCAGUCUGGUCGAAAUACCUAUGCCACCGGUCGAGGCGGUGAAGCCGGCAAAAGGGAAAGCGGGGAAGACGAGGGCACCGAGUAGGUCGAGAGCGCGGGCGACGAUACCGGCACAUGAGCGAAAUGGGAGGCCGGCGCCGAGGAAGAAGGGGAGGCAGGAGGUAAUUGUGGAGGAGCCGGAGGAAGACGUGGAGGAGUCGGUGGAGGAAGAAGAGCAAGCGAUGGCGAUGGAGGUGGAUGAGCCAGUGAAGGAGGAGGAAGAGGCGAUGGUACCGGUGCCGGUGCCGGUUCGCACAGCAUUGAGGCCGAUACCAUCUGCGACGGCGAGCGCACGCACGCGAUCAACGUCACGGCAGCCACAGCCGCUGGGGAUGGGCUGGAGAGGAGGCAGCUUCUCUGACACGGAGCGGAGCAGUGAUCCGAUGUUACGGCGUCGGAUUGGGGAGUUAACGAAGAAGAUGGAGUCCCUGGAGCUCAAGUACCGCAACCUGCGAGUAGUCGGGAUGCAGGAUGCCGAAACGAACUUCGACCGUCUGCGUCAAGGUACCGACCAAAGAGCCAAAGCCCAAGAUGACCUCAUCGCCUCCCUCAAGCGCGAACUCUCCAUCGCCCGCUCCACCACCACCCCACCCCCCGACACCUCCCAUCUGACCACCCAAAUUACGACCCUCACCACCCAGCUCACCACCGCCACUGCCCAAUCCAAAUCCCUCACCACCCAAACCCACGCCCUCACCUCCCAAAAUCACUCCCUCACUUCGGAAAACCAGCGCCUCGCCACCAAACUCGAUGCCCUCACCGCCGAAAACGCCGGCCUCCACACCGACUCCAAAUCCCUUUCUUCCGCCCUGCACUCCGCGCAGUCCGACGCCAAAUCCCUCUCCGCUGCCCUACAAUCCGCACAGUCCGAGAACCGAUCCCUCGCCGCCAAGCUCGCCAGCACGCGCGCGUCGUCGGCGCCCGCAGAGACGGGGAAGCCGCCGGCGAGCACGAAGAAGGCGCUGCCGGUGGUGCAGCGGGGCGCGGGGGGAAAGGCGGCAGUGGAGCUGGCGGUGGCGGAGAAGGAGCGGGAGGUGCGGGAGAUGCGGGUGAAGGAGGAGUUGUAUAGCGAUUUGACGGGGUUGAUGAUCCGGGCGGUGAAGCGGGGGGAGCGAGAGGAUGUGUUCGAUUGCAUUCAGACGGGGCCGAACGGAACCCUCCGCUUCAACCUCCACGUCCCCUCCCCCGACGCCCCCUCCAAAGGCUCCACCACCCCCCACCUCCCCAGCAGCAACGCCUACGAGGACGACGAGAUCGGCUAUACGCCGCUGCUGGACGCGAAAAACGACCGGGAGCUGCUGGCGAUCCUGCCGGACUAUCUGACCGAGGAGAUCUGCUUCCCGCGAGGGAGCGCGGCGAAGUUCUAUGGGCGGGUCAUGGGGAGUAUGAGCGCGCGGGUGGAGAUGGAGGGGUGAAUUUGGGGGGAUUGUGGGAGAUGGUGUUACGAGGAAGGUGAUUGGGUGGGUUUGGGGG